AUGCUGUUUGCGGAUGAUUUUGUCGGUAUGUCGGACACCCCUGAGGGACUGCAACUGCAAAUUGACGCGGCAAAGAAGUUUACUGAUAAGUGGAGAUUGUCUGCCAACGUUCAGAAGAGUGCCGUCAUGGUAUGCAACGAGAACAAGGAGGAACCAGCUGAAACAUUUGAAAUUCGGGUUCAGACGCCUCUUGCCAUUUCUUGGGAAGUAGGGGGCGGGCUCUUCCAAGAAGCGGCGCAAAUUGAAGGUCUCAUCAGCAGCGUCACGAGCAUAUGCGUGUCAUCGUCAUCCGAUGCUGCAGCUAGGAGCUAG